AUGGCCGCCCCAAACUCCAAGAUUUACCCCUCUUCUGAAAGCUACGCAAAGCCAAACGAGAUCGAAGUCCAGGUCUCCCAGGCCUUGAUUGAUCUCGAGACCAAUGCUGAGCUCAAGGCCGCUUUAAGGCCGCUCCAGAUCCAGUCCGCCAAGGAGCUCGAGAUUGGGCAAGGAAAGAAGGCUAUUGUCAUCUUCGUCCCUAUCCCAUUACUAUCCAACUUCCACAAGGUCCAACAGAGACUCACCCGUGAACUUGAGAAGAAGUUCUCUGACCGCAACGUUGUCUUCAUUGCUCAGCGUCGUAUCCUCCCCAAGCCUGGUCGUCGCAGCCGUGUCACCCAGAAGCGCCCAAGAUCGAGAACACUCACCUCUGUCCACGAGAAGAUCCUCGAGGACCUUGUUUACCCAACCGAGAUUGUUGGCCGACGUAUCCGUACCAAGGAAGAUGGCUCGAAAGUCAUGAAGGUCCUCCUCGACCCCAAGGAUGUUGGUGGUUUGGACUGGAAGAUUGAUAGUUUCGCUGAGGUCUACAAGAAGUUGACCGGAAAGAGCGUCGUCUUUGAGUUCCCCGUCCAGAGCGAAUUCUAA